GACUCCGGAAGUUGUCAUGAUCCGGGUCUGAACCAUUUCCUAUUUCCGCAAACACACCUCCGUGUAGUUUCCCCGUUUAUCAAUGCGGCGGGCGACUUAUGUCUUUCGUUUCCUGGCUCCGUUUAAUAUCUUUAACAAUUCUGACAUUUAUGAGUGACUGAUUAGCAUCAUGACGGCCAACAGCCGCUGUUCCGUCGCGGAGCCUCCGGGCCUGGAGACGCAGCGGCGGGAGAUCGAGUCUCUGCUACGGGAGUGUGAGCUCCGUGCUGGGGACAGUUGGUAUGUGGUGGAGCAUCACUGGUUUGAACAAUGGAAGGAGUUUGUGGCGACUGGAGACCAGAACUCAUCCUCUUUUCCCGGCCAGAUCAACAACAGCGAGCUGUUUGAGGAUGUGGACUUGUACCACCUGAAGGACUGUCUGGUGGAGAAUGAGGACUUCGUGCUGGUUCCGGCUGAGGCCUGGCACAAGCUGCUGGACUGGUACGGCCUGGUGGACGGACAACCGCCGCUGGAACGGCAGGGAAUAGCCCCCAAUACGCCGCUGGAACGCAAGGUGGUGGACCUGCCCAGCACUCUGAAGGUGGAGGUUUACCCUGUUGAGAUCUCUAUGUGUCUCCACAGCAACAUGGAGAACGUCAAACCCGCACAGUUCAGCCGCACCGACAGCAUACAGUCGAUCCAGACGGCGAUGUGUCAUGCCUUCUCGGUGCCUCCAGACUCAGAGUGUCGACUGUGGAUGAAGAGUUCAGACAGCAGCUGCGAGCGUCUCAGGAACGUCCACAUGAGCGUGUUGGACGCCUGCUUGAGCUCAGGGAUGACGGUGAUCAUGGAGAUGAGGAAUGCUGACGGCACCUGGCCGAGCUCCAGACCUCAGAUUACGAGGAACUCUGUGGAGGAGCAGGACUCGUAUCGAGGACAGCCGGGAGUCUGCGGCCUCACCAACCUGGGCAACACCUGCUUCAUGAACUCUGCUCUGCAGUGUCUGAGUAACACGCCCCCCCUGACGGAGUACUUCCUACAGAGCUCCUACCUAGAGGAGCUGAACUUCACCAACCCUCUGGGGAUGAAGGGGGAGAUCGCCGAGGCCUACGCCGACGUCAUCAAACAGAUGUGGUCUGGGAGGCAUUACUCCGUGGUGCCGCGUGUCUUCAAGACGAAGGUGGGUCACUUUGCAUCGCAGUUUCUGGGCUACCAGCAGCAUGACAGUCAGGAGCUGCUCUCCUUCCUGCUGGACGGGCUGCACGAGGAUCUCAACAGAGUCAAAAACAAGGAGUACAUUGAACUACGGGACGCUGACGGACGACCAGACCAGGAAGUGGCGGAGGAGGCGUGGCGUAAUCAUCGCCGGCGGAAUGACUCUGUGAUCAUCGACACAUUUCACGGACUCUUCAAGUCCACGCUCGUCUGUCCUGAGUGCCACAAGGUCUCGGUGACCUUUGACCCCUUCUGCUACCUGAGCGUCCCACUUCCUGUUAGCAAAGAACGCAUCAUGGAAGUCUUCUUCGUCUCUCUGGAUCCCUGUGCCAAACCUGUCCAGCAUCGUGUUGUUGUUCCCAAGGCAGGAAAAGUGUCCGACCUCUGCUCUGCCCUGUCAGAGAUGACCGACGUACCUCCUACCCAGAUGGUGGUAGCCGACGUGUUCAACCACCGUUUCUAUAAGGUCUACAGCGCUGAUGAAUCUCUGAGCUGCAUACUGGACCGGGACGACAUCUUUGUGUACGAGCUGAGCGCACCCGAGGAGCAGCAGGAGGAGCAUGUCCUGCUGGCACUCUACCUGCGGGAGCGCUCUCACUACAGGGACUACGGCUCGGGCAGCAGCUCGUACAGCACGACGCUUUUUGGACACCCGCUCCUGCUUGGUGUGCCGCGCAGCAGCUGCAGUCAGGAGGCGCUCUACACCCUGUUCCUGCAGAGACUGGCACGCUACGUGCGACUUCCUGACCCCUCUGAGGAGCUGGAGGAAGAGGAGGAGGAGGAGGAGGAAGAUGAUGAGGAAGAGGAGCUACACAAAACUCAGAUCAAUGGCAUCAGUGAUGGUGAGGAGCAGGAGGAUGAGGACAAAGCUGACCCCUCUCAGACAGAACCCUGCUGUUGGGAUGCCACAGCAAACAGCCUAUCAGAUGGCACCGCUCCCUCAGAGCCCCACCCCAAUCACAACCACGCACAGACAUCACUGGAGCCAGACAACUCUUUUACCAGUAACGGGUCGCAGAACGAGGCCAAGCCCCUGUGCAGCGGCAACGCUGCCAACACCAGCAGCACUGAUAACAUGGAUCCCUGUGGGGACUCGAGCAGGACCACCGAGACAGAUGCCAGCACAGACCCCCCAGCAGAACAGCUGCAGCAGCCCCGCAAGACCACAGAAGAAGAAAAAGAAGAAGACAAGCAGGAGGAGGCAUGCUCUCCCAGCCCGCCAGCCAAUGAGCAGCCAGCCAAGAGGAGGGUGUGUCGCAAGAGGAGGAAGAGUCUGUUCACUAUUCAGGCGGUCAACUCCAACGGGAUGACUGAGAGAGUGAUGGGAGAGGGAGGGAGCGCCGUGUCCUUCAGCUCUCAGCAGUACGUGGCCAUUGACUGGGACCCUGAGAUGAAGAAGAGAUUCUACAACGAAAAUGAGGCCGAGAAGUAUGUGAAAGAUGCUAGUAUGGAGGUUCCUCAGCAGCAGACCACGGUCCAGCUGCAGGAGUGUAUCGAGCUGUUCACCACUGUGGAAACACUGGAGGAGGAGAACCCAUGGUACUGUCCGGUGUGUAAGAAGCACCAGCUGGCCACUAAGAAGCUGGACCUCUGGUCUCUGCCCGAGGUUCUCAUCAUCCACCUCAAGAGGUUCUCGUACAUCAAGUUCACCAGAGAGAAACUCGACAGCAUCGUGGAGUUUCCCCUCAGAGACCUGGACUUCUCUGGCUUCCUCCUGAGGAAACACCUGUCUGACGGGGAGCCUCCGAGCUGCUAUGACCUCAUCGCUGUCUCUAAUCAUUACGGAGGACUCCGAGACGGACACUACACCAGCUACGCGAGGAACAAGGAUAACGGCCAAUGGUAUUACUUUGACGACAGCAAGGUGACCUACGCCCAAGAGGACCAGAUUGUGACCAACGCUGCCUACGUCCUGUUCUACCACCGACAGGACCAGAUCAGAAAACCCACACUGCCUGCCCCCAGUGACAUCACUUCCUGCACAGAUGACGAUGCCGAGCUGGGCGCCUCAUCCUAUGUCACCAUGGAAACAGACUAAAUGCCACCCCUAGCCUAAGUUUGGUUUACUUUAGGGUCAUCUGGUAACAGCAGGCCUGUCUGCCUCCUCUUUUAUUAGGCUGUUGCUUCUUCCCAGCGACAUUUGUACUUUUUGGUUUAUUUUCCCUGAGUCACUGAAACCAACCACGCACAUCUGUAAGCUGCACCUCACAUCUCAAAACCUCUGCUGGUAAAAUCCAUUUUCUCUGAUUGGCAUAGACAAAACAACUGUGCUCAGUGUUCAUCUGCUUUAGUCCACGCUGACAAAUGAACCUGCUCUUUACUGGGGGAUGAAAGUGUAUUAAGUCGAUUAUGAAGCCUGGAGCGUGUCACUGAAUAUUUACUGACCAAGUUCACAGAAGCCGGUAUCAUUUCUUCCCCAUUCGUAAUUUAAUGCUGUGCCUGAAUGGUCAACUAAUAACUGAAUUUUAAAAUAUAACCACAUUCAUUUGAAAAGGCUUUUCCAUCAGUGAAACAGAUUCAGCUUCAGUCAAAACCCAACAGGAUAUUUACCAACUGUAGUUUAGUGAUUAUCCACUGAGACGCAGUCUGUGCCAACUCAUCUGUUUUAGUUUGAAUUUCACUGUUGCUUUGUUUCACAGAUGUUUCCUUGAAUGACACUUUAGGCAGAUCGACAACUUGAACACAUCAGUGUGGAGAGAAGCAGGUUCAUUUAACGUUUGUGUUUAGAUUUAAGGGAACACAAAACUGUCAAAUGUGUGUAAAAGAAAAUCCACAUCUAAAAUCAUUUUUACAAUUAAGAAUCAAGUGGAAUUUUGUGGUUCUAUUUUAAAAUGAAAUUAUGAAUUAAAAGACUAAAAGCUGUCAAAUAUAUAAGAUAAAAGACAUUAAGUUGUACAGCACAAAUUGAUCGGGUUAUCGAUUAGUCCAAAUUAAACCCGGUCAAACCCUGUAAGUGUUCAGUGGCACCGUCCAGGCUGCAGUUCUUCAUGUGCCACAAAAAUGCCUGUAGUUUUCGCCAUAAAACUAUUUUAAAUCCAGCUUCUCAAACACCGACACUGAAUUUUCCAAAAGUAAAAACCGUUUAACUUCAGCUAUUCUACUGGCCGUCAACAGGCUGGAGACACUUUUCGGUUUUAAAUGAAAGAUCAGCUGCUGUGAUGGUUCAUUGUCCAACCCAGACUCAUUAAGGUGACGGGGGAACGGCAGCAGGGAGUCGUGGGUAAUCAGGAGGAGAGAAUUUAGUACUGACCGAAGCUGCCAGGAUGAGAAAUGAGUCUUUGUAUAUUUUGGUUGUUCUCUGCUGGUAUUUAUUUUUUUUAACAAUUAUUUCAGCUGUCACAGGACUACAGGCCUUUCUUAAAUGAUUUUAUUGAUCGACUGGUGCAGGACAUUGAGAUGAUUAUUUUUCAUAUUUAUAUAUAAAAUUUGUAUUUAGGCAUAAGAUUAUCCAGCAGAUUGACAGGUGAGCUCGUCUCCAUUCUGUGCAGAGAGACAGACGCAGGCCCAGUUUUCUCUCUGCACUCGGUGACCUUUAAACCAGCUCAGUGUACAGUAUUUUUGUAUUUUAAGAAAAGCAUUAUCAUUCCCAGGUGGAGCUG